CCCACCCCCGGGGUGGAGGCAGCCGCGCCGAGCCGCCCGCGGGAAGAAAGCAGCGCUCCGCCGGCUCCGCGCCCCUCCGCGGGGCCAUGCAGCGCCUCUGCCCGCCCGCUCCGAGCGCAGCCCCUCGCCCCGCCGCCCUCCGCGCAGCCUGAGCGCCUGGCGGGGCUCCGCGCCGCUCCGCGCCCGGAGCUGGGACGGGCCGGUACCGGCGGCACAGGAAAGCUCCGCGGCUCCGCAACGCUGCCCCGCUGCCCCGGCCAUGGGGAAGGGGCUGGAGGGGACAGCAGCCCGCUGCGGGCUGGGACUGGGAUACCUGCUGCAGACCGUCGUGCUCCCCGCCCUCGCCGUCCUGGGGGCCAGCCGCCCCGGCUCCGCGGCGCAAGAUGAUGACUUUUUUCAUGAGCUUCCAGAAACUUUUCCAUCUGAUCCUCCAGAGCCAUUACCCCACUUCCUCAUUGAACCUGAAGAGGCUUACAUUGUGAAGAACAAGCCUGUGAAUCUUUACUGCAAAGCAAGCCCAGCAACACAAAUCUAUUUUAAGUGCAACAGCGAGUGGGUUCAUCAGAAGGACCACGUGGUGGAUGAGAGAGUAGAUGAAACUUCUGGUCUGAUUGUCCGGGAGGUCAGCAUCGAGAUUUCCCGGCAGCAAGUGGAGGAGCUCUUUGGGCCGGAGGAUUACUGGUGCCAGUGUGUUGCCUGGAGCUCCGCAGGCACCACCAAGAGCCGCAAAGCCUACGUCCGCAUUGCAUAUCUCCGGAAAACUUUUGAGCAGGAGCCCUUAGGGAAAGAAGUGUCCCUGGAGCAAGAGGUCCUGCUCCAGUGCCGUCCCCCUGAAGGCAUCCCAGCAGCUGAGGUGGAGUGGCUGAAGAAUGAAGAGGUGAUUGACCCCGUGGAAGACCGAAACUUUUACAUCACCAUUGAUCACAACCUGAUCAUCAAGCAAGCCCGGCUUUCUGACACCGCCAAUUACACCUGUGUUGCAAAAAACAUUGUGGCCAAAAGGAAAAGCACCACAGCAACUGUCAUAGUCUAUGUGAACGGAGGCUGGUCCACCUGGACAGAGUGGUCGGUGUGUAACAGCCGCUGCGGGAGAGGCUUCCAGAAGCGCACCAGGACCUGCACCAACCCUGCCCCGCUCAACGGCGGCGCCUUCUGCGAGGGCCAGAGCGUCCAGAAAAUAGCUUGCACCACUCUGUGCCCAGUGGAUGGCAAGUGGACACCCUGGAGCAAGUGGUCCACCUGUGGCACGGAGUGCACCCACUGGCGCCGCAGAGAGUGCACGGCGCCAGCUCCCAAGAACGGGGGGAAGGACUGCGAGGGGCUGGUGCUGCAGUCCAAGAACUGCACGGAUGGGCUCUGCAUGCAGGGUUUCAUUUAUCCUAUUUCAACUGAACAGAGAACCCAGAAUGAAUAUGGAUUUUCUUCUGCUCCUGACUCAGAUGACGUUGCGCUCUACGUGGGGAUCGUCAUCGCUGUGAUUGUGUGCCUGGCCAUUUCUGUGGUCGUGGCCCUGUUUGUGUACCGCAAGAACCACCGGGACUUUGAGUCGGAUAUUAUUGACUCCUCGGCACUGAACGGGGGAUUUCAGCCUGUCAACAUCAAGGCUGCAAGGCAAGACCUCCUGGCAGUGCCACCAGACCUCACUUCUGCUGCAGCCAUGUACAGGGGUCCUGUGUACGCCUUGCAUGAUGUCUCUGAUAAAAUCCCAAUGACCAACUCUCCAAUUCUGGACCCCCUCCCCAACUUGAAGAUCAAGGUUUAUAACACCCCCGGUGCAGUCACUCCCCAGGAUGACCUCUCUGACUUCUCCUCCAAGCUGUCCCCACAGAUGACGCAGUCUCUGCUGGAAAAUGAGACCCUGAACAUGAAGAACCAGAGCCUUGCCCGGCAAACUGACCCAUCAUGCACCGCCUUUGGGACCUUCAACUCCUUAGGAGGCCACCUAGUAAUUCCCAAUUCAGGAGUAAGUUUGCUGAUCCCAGCGGGAGCCGUUCCACAAGGGAGAGUCUAUGAAAUGUAUCUGACAGUUCACAGGAAGGAGAACAUGAGGCCACCUGUAGAAGACAGCCAAACCCUGCUGACACCCGUGGUGAGCUGUGGCCCACCAGGAGCCCUGCUAACCCGGCCCGUCAUUUUAACCAUGCACCACUGCGCAGAGCCAAACACAGAGGACUGGCAGAUCCAGCUGAAGCACCAGGCUGCCCAGGGACCAUGGGAGGAUGUGGUGGUGGUCGGAGAGGAAAACUUCACCACCCCGUGCUAUAUCCAGCUGGACCCAGAGGCCUGCCAUAUCCUGACAGAAACCCUCAGCACCUAUGCCUUGGUGGGACAGUCAAUCACCAAGGCAGCAGCCAAACGUCUCAAACUGGCCAUCUUUGGACCUCUGUCCUGCUCUUCCUUGGAGUACAGCAUCCGGGUCUACUGCCUCGAUGACACGCAGGAUGCUCUUAAGGAGGUCCUCCAGCUUGAGCAGCAGAUGGGUGGGCAGCUUUUGGAAGAGCCUAAAACUUUGCAUUUCAAGGGAAGCACCCACAACCUUCGUCUGUCCGUUCAUGAUCUCGCCCAUUCUCUCUGGAAGAGCAAGCUGCUGGCUAAAUACCAGGAGAUUCCCUUUUACCACAUCUGGAGUGGCUGUCAGAGGAACCUGCACUGCACCUUCACACUGGAAAGGUUCAGUCUGAAUACCCAGGAGCUGGUGUGCAAACUGUGUGUGCGGCAGGUCGAAGGAGAAGGACAGAUCUUCCAGCUUAACUGCUCUGUCUCAGAGGAACCUACUGGCGUUGAUUACCCUCCCAUGGACUCAGCAGGCACCAUCACCACCAUCGUGGGGCCCAGCGCUUUCAGCAUCCCCCACCCGAUAAGGCAGAAGCUGUGCAGCAGCCUGGAUGCUCCCCAGACCAGAGGCCACGACUGGCGCAUGCUGGCCCACAAGCUGAAACUGGACAGGUACUUAAAUUAUUUUGCUACGAAAUCAAGUCCUACUGGGGUGAUCCUGGAUCUCUGGGAAGCCCAGAAUUUCCCUGAUGGCAACCUGAGCAUGCUGGCAGCAGUUCUUGAAGAAAUGGGAAGACACGAAACAGUUGUUUCUUUGGCAGCAGAAGGAAAUUACUAAUGCAGCCUUGGCAUGACCAGGAAGGACAGACACAGGGAGCGGUAAUGCCCUGUUAUUGCAAACGAGAAUUGAAAUGAAAACCCAGACCAAUGAGUUACACAAGAGACGUUUCAGAGAAGAAAGCAAGCAAACAAACAAAAAAACCAGCCCUGACCUUCACACGUGCUCUCCUUGUACAUUAUCACAGGAUCAGAAAGAGAUCAUGCAAAGUUGUACCUUGAAAAUAUAAAUCAACCUAAUGUUCCUCUCGGCUUGGCUGUACACUGCUUGGUACAGGUUUUUACAGUUUCCUAGGAAACGCUUUUUAUUGCUAUCCAGAUAUAUGGAUAAACUUUCUUAACAAUCCCAGUUUCUAUGGAUGUUGUUUACAUAAAAUUCUGGACAGGGGUAAGGAAACUGUCCAUGGCUCUUUAUAUUUUUUGUUUAAAGGCAUUGUAGACAAGGCUAUGGACAGUUGGUUGUGGCUAUUUCAGCUUAUUGGUUUCUGGUGAAUUCAGAUUUUGGCUACAAUUCUGCACAUUGGUUGUCUCACAAUGAUUCUCCUGUCAUUGUUCUGUUUCCUAGACCUACUUGUAAAAAAAAAAAACAAACCAAGAAAAUCCGUGUGUGCAUCUGGAAAGCAGGUACUCUGGCUGAUAAGCAGGAACAUGCAAAAUGUUCCCUUUCUUCCCCAAGACAGUCCCACUGAGCCUGUGUGGAGAAUAGCUCUAAGACAGUGGGGAAUGAAGAAUCUGAGUUAAUUUUCAAUUCACACCCUUUCCACCCCUUUGCUAUAUGAGGGGCCAGAUAUGCAAUUCAGAGUGGUUGGAGGGGAGGGGGAGAAACCCAGAAAAAAAUAAAAAAAAGAAGUUGCUAUGAUAGUUAUUGACUGAUUAGUAUCUAGUGCAAGGAUUAUAAUGACUAUUAUUAUUGCCAUAUUACUUUAUUUCUAAUAUUGUCAGCAGCAGAAUGAAUAAUGACUGGUUUUAUGGAACCUGUUGUCCCCUUCCUGAAGGUCUUUUAAGACACGUCCCUCUCUAUGCUGUCUGUCCUUCCAUUUGUCAUCGUACUCCUUCCUCCGAAGUCCUCUGCUGGCCCUCUGAGGCUGCUCAUGUUGUGUUAGCAUUGCUGUGUUCUAUGCCCAGUGCUAAGGCAGCAUAAUUUGGUAAUCUGCUGGUCUUCACCCACCAAGUGUCUGACCCUGGCACAUUUUGCACCACCCUGGUGGCUCCAGGUUGCUCCAAGGAGCAGUCCUGUCCUGAGGUGACUGUGAACCAGAGAUGGCGCAAGCAUAUGGACAGCAUAUGGCAGUGACAUCUUCCACCUGAUUUAUGCAUCCAAGGUGGGCCUCCAUAAAUUUUGCUUUGUUUUGUAGCAUUCUAAGAGCCAGCAGUUCCCCACAGAGCUGCAGGUCUCACUGAAACCCACCAGCUCCAGUAAUGGUUGCUGUGCCAGGCUGCUGACAGCUCAGCCCUCUGCUGGUCUGGGGUCAAUUCUGUGUGAGAUGCACUUGGCAGAUCUCCAUGGAUAUUCCAGGCACUGCUGCAGCCAGGGAAGCCUGUGUUCCGUGGGCCAGUGCAGGGCAGUGGAGUGGUGAAGUUGAAAUCCUGUGUGCUGCAGUUUGCUGCCUUUGCUGCUCCUGCCACCACCACUGCCUGGGCAGGGCGGUGCAGUCCUUGAUGGCUGGCCAGGGAACACUUGUCCCUCUACAACUCUCACGAAACAGGUGAGGUGAGAACUUUGCAGAAGGAACAAACCAAAAUUGGUUGUCACUGCAAAUGCAUUUUGUUCUGUUCAGUGAAAAUUCUGGCUUUGACAGCACAUAGGAUUGCAAUAGUUUUACUGCCCGACUGAGCUGUCAUUUAUGUCUGGCACAGAAAGGUUUUUCUGCCCCAGCCUGUCCACUCCAGGUUUCCAGCCAGGCCCUGGUUAUUGCUGUUAUGCACACAUGCAUGCCCCUGCCCACAUAUGCAUUACCAUUCCAAACGCUUCCCAAGACUGCUUGUUCUCUUUUGUGGUUUUAGUUUUGCUUUCCCCAGGGCUUUCCAGAUUGCACCUUUGAAGGUAACUGAAAAUGUCAUCAGUCAAAAUGAAAAGAAAAUUUAAUCUGACCUCUUUUUUCAUUUGACAUUUCCAUAGUCUUGUCGCUUUUUGCUUAUAAUUCCCUGACCAGUGAGUUAGGUUUUGAUUGACCAUCAGACAGCCAGCACAAAGAGUUCCCUUCCUUGUAAGAGGUAAGCAGGCAGUUUGCAAACCAGCAUUUCAGUCAAAACUGGAGACCAGAGGGCAUGCACUGUAAUUUUCAACAUCUGUGUGCAUUUUGCUUGUGUAAGCCCCACUUCUCUUAAUGUGGAGAUGCCAUGGGCAUCCUCUCAAUGAACAACCAUUUUUUUCACCUGGGGCAUCUGAUGCAGCCUACUGCAAUGCUAAUUGAAAUUUUGCUUUCAACUUCUGAAAAGUUGGACUGGGACUUUCAGCUCUGCCCUAUCUCCACACCUUUUACUUACCUCAGAGGGCUAAAAUGGCUCUUAAAGGUAGGUCUCAGGUUUUCUCCCUCCCAUGCCAUCUUUAGGUGUAAUCAGUUGGGUUUUAGUUUGUGCUUCUUCACCUUUCCCAUGUGUCCCUCCUUGACUUCUCUUCCAAGGCAAGUAGGGGAGCUGAACUGUCCUUAAACUCUUUGGCCUUUUCAGCUCAGUCUGUGUUGGUUGAUCCCCAGGCUAAGUGUUGCUCCCCAGCUCUCAGUUUUUUUCUAGGUGGGCAGCAUGUGCCUGACCCUUUUAACCAGGAUCAGGGCCACAAAGUCUCUUCUAUUUAUCUGCAUGCUAUGAGUUGAUGGUCCUUUGGCCAGCCCUCUGACUUGCGUUCUGGUGCCUUCUGCAAGAGAAACUACUUGCAGAUGAACAACUUUCUCACAGUGUUUUGGGGCAUUUUCCUUUCACAGCAUCACAGUAAAUAGGAUUUAUUGCGAGGAAAAAUGCACACUCUGAUUAAGGGGAGCAUCCACAGAGGUGGCUGGAGGUGAAGAAUGUAACCCUUCAUCACUGAACAUGACUUGGGCAGCAGCAUGCCUGCCACUGGGUGAUGAAGCUGCUGUUAUUCCACCCUGACUGCUCAGAAACCACCCGCAAUCCCCUGCUGCAAUCAUGGGCUGGGUGAUUUUCCCAGCACGGGCUCCACAGGCCUUUGCAGGCUCCCAGCACAGCCCCUCGGGCUGCCUCAGCCCUGACAGGGCCGGGAGAACCAGGGGAAGGCUCCUCCUCAGAGCCACAGCUCGUCCCAGCAGCUCUGCACCCAUUCUUUACCACUGCUGCUAGCAGCAGCUCCCACCUCACCUCACCUCACACUUCCCUGCAUUAAUUGUGCUCCGUUUUUUCUUUCUUUCUGGCGGAGUGGCAGUGGCAGGGCACUGUGCGCCGUGGGAGAGGGCUCUGGCUGGUGGCAUUGACAGCACCAUCCCCAUCCUCUGCCCCAAGGAGAGCAGGCAGGCAGCAAGGGCAGCCAGCUGGGUUGAGGAUAUUAUUUUUUGGUGGGAGAAACCCCAGCAGCAGUUCCUGUGCCUGGAUUGCAUGGACACAGUGCCAUCUCGUGGGGCUGAGCCCCAGCUCCACCAUGUCGCUGCUGCCACAGCAGCGUCGCACAGGGAAAAGCUUCCUGUGGGGUGGCUCUGACAAAGGAGUUUGGCAGGCAGAGCUGACUCUUAAAAGUUGUUGUAAGAUUUUAUGUCAGGUGAGCAUAUCUGCUUUAAGAGAAAAAAACAAUCAAACGAAAAAAAGGCUGCAGGCUUCUCAUCCUCCAGUUAUUACUAUUUUUUUAAAUGCUCUUCCUUUUAGUUGUUCACCUUUGGCUCUGUACUGGAGCAGUUUUGCUGCUCUUCACACCAUCUCUUCAUUACAUGUUGAUUGCUAAUGCUAUAAAUAGUAUAUAUAUUAUAUAAAUAUAUAUAUAUAAUAUCUACUGACUUCAAGGAAAACCUUUAAGUUCCCAGUAAGAAACAUUUAUCAGAGGCAAUCCUUUUCCACCUUUUAUUUUUUCUUCAGUUCUUCUUGUGUUGUGUUCUUGUAAAGGUAACUGUCAGUGUAUAGGGUAAGUCUGGGGUUUGGUUGGGGCUUUUUUUUUUCAAAAUUUAUGAUCACAACUGCUCCACUGUGUCUUGCUAAACAGUACAAAACCUAAGUGCUGUUUCAGUGGAUCUUGAAAAUUUUGCAGCAGUGAAGGUGUCUCCAGUCAAGAUUUGCUUUAUUGGGAGACCAAGACUUUUUUCUGUCUUGCUGGCAGAAAUGCAGACACUCAUGAGACAUGUUGGAGUCUGCAAUACCCACAGAGCCAAACAUGUCUAUUCCUUGGGUUUCCUGCUAUUUCAGUUGCUUACAUAUAGAAUAAAUGUAUUUACAUGCUGUAAGCCUGUCAUUGUGGACAGUGUCCUAAUGUCUUGUAUUGCUACCUACAAUAGUUUCUUUUCAGUUCUCCUUUUCCUCUUCGUUUGGGGGCAGGGGGUGUGGGGAAGGGAGGGGUGGGUGGGCCCUUAGACCCUUGUAUGCUCUACCAAGUAGUUACCACAGCUCUGAGGUUAAUUUUAAACACAAUAAUUUUGUUGAGGUUGGCUUGGGUUUUUUAAUCUUGUUUCCAGGGCACUUUGUAAGUUAUCUUACUGAGUGUUCAGAAGUCUUUUCAGGACUCAGAGGUCAGAGGACCUCUGGCUCUCACCUGGCCAUGAAGUAACUCAGUGUUUGCAGGCUGGCUUGGUCAGUAUCAGGUGGUGCAAAGGCACGAGCGGUCUGUGAAUGGAAACCAAACCUUUGGCCCUUCUCCCACAAGGACUCUAAUGAGUUACUGACUUUGGGGUCACCACUGCAAUCCAUUUCUAGCUUGUGUGUGAAUCCUUGAGUCCAUAAACGAGCUGCACUGCAGAUUUUUAAAUGCUGAAGCACGUAUCUCAGACAUCCUUUGAAGUGGGACAGAUAGGCAAAGUAGGUGUGUGUGUGUAGAUAUAGACAACAAGGAGAAAACAAAGGACAAUACCUGCUGGAGACUUUUAGCUCUCAUGUUAGGUAUGGGCAUCCUCUUAUUUUACCAACUUUUGAAUAGGAAAGUAAAGGUGAAAAUUCAGUGCUGUACCAUCACUGCAAGGUCAAAUAAGUAGUAGUCAAAAGCCAUCGGAGUAAUAACUGGCAUGUAACUGGAAUUGGCCUUGAACUAAAACCACAAGUUUGGUAGGUCAGGCUCCUUGCUUGAAUAGGAGCACUUAGAUUAUUUACUUAUUUGUCCUUUAAACUUGAUCCCUGCUCCCUGAAAUCUGAAAAUCCCUCAUCUGAAAGUCCUUUGAUAAACUGUCUGUACAAAAAAAGCAACAUUAAUCCGGAGUUCUCACAAACUUCUAUCCCAAAUAGGUAUUUCAUGUUUUCUGUGGUGCUGGUUAAAUGUAUUUAUUAGUGGUUCAGUCUCCUUGACUGCUGACAAAGAGAUUAAUUGCUACGUGUGCUGCAUCCUGGGCCUGCCCGCUGCUCCCAAAGCAUCCCAUGUCAUGGCAGGUGAUAGCUUCGGGAUGCCUGUAAGUGGGAUGUCAUCAGGAGGGUCCUCCCACAGCAGUGAUAGGACAAGAGCCCUGAGAGGAGAAAAGCUUGCACGGGUCCCACAGCUUCUUUCACUGCUGCCAGCUGGCUCUGACUACCCCUUGCUAGUAAAUUUGGGGGCUAGCACAAUUCAAAUAAAAAGAAAAAUUGGUCUGGAAAGUAAACAAAAUUAGGAAGGAGAGGCAAAACACUCUUCUCCCUGCAGAUUUUUCAAGGUACCUUGCAAAAACACCCGAGCCGAGAGCCAACAAUCCAGGGUGUGUGAAACAGCUGAGACAGAGUAGUUGUGUCAUCACUGUUUUCACACAUCUGUGUGGUAGACUUUUUUGCUAACAUAUGUUCUGUUAUUGUUGAAGAGAAAAAAAAAAACAAAACCAAAAACCAAUAAAAAAGGGUAUAUUCACUACCUUUCCAAAGUAAAGGAGGGCCCAUAGAAAAAGAAAAGAAACAUCUGUAUGACCCAGGUGUAUCACAUAUCUCCCUUCUGUUCCCAUGUCACCGGGGUUAAUGGGAUUUGUUUUCUUUGCUAUUCAGAUCUGGAGAACUCUUUUGGUUUUGAUUUCCCUAUUGCUGUAUCUUCUAUGCAAUUCCUUUUCUAAAGACUGACUUACUACAGGAGAAGUGCUAGCCAUUGCAUUAUUUGUAUUGCUGUACAGUGGAGGUGUGGUUUACUAGUUCUGAGUGUGCCUCUUACCCCCCUCCCUUUUUUCUCCUUCCCUCUGUUUGUAAAUGCCUGCAUUUAUUCUGUCAGCCUGACAUGUACAAAGUGUAAGAAAGAAUUUUUAAACAGGUAAUAAAUUAUAUUUAUAAGCAACUGGAAAAAAAAAA